AUGAAUUCAACUCAACCUACUCCUAUAUUUCCUGUUGUUUUAUUCCCUCGCUACCAAUCUACAUCUUCAAAGGUAUCAAUAGACAACAGUUUGAAUACUGUUAGCAAUCAAGAAAGACGAGUUUUCUCACUUAUUUAUGAAGUAAAUUCAACAAAAAUAAACGUUGAUUAUCUCCUUGAAAUUCAUACGGAUCCAAUUCAAGUUGUCUGUCAACCGGAAUUACUUCGUCAAGUUACAGACUUUGUUAGAUCAGCUAUGCCUUCAAAGUUUGAAGCUUCAACUAGACGUGCACAAGCAAAUUUACGUUCCCUGUUGAAAGAUAUUACUGGUGAACAUCUCAUGAUGAUCAAUUCACAAGAUUCACAAAAUCGUUGGGCUAUACAUUUCGAUUUAGCUGCACCAAGAAUGUUAAUCCCUAAUUGUUUUAUGUAUAAUAAUAAUAAUAAUAAUAAUAGUCUAAUACCAGAUGAUAAUUCCAAACCUACUUCAGUGAAGUGUUUGCUUUGCGAUUUCGGUCAUUUAAAAGUGACUAACUGGCCGGAAAUACAAGCUACUCCUCACCCUGGCAGGAAAUGCGAUGGUAUAUUAACAAACAACGUAUGUUCUGUUAAGUCUGAAAACUGGGUUAAUUCCAAAAAUGAAAGCUCUCUACCAACACAAACUCUAAAUGGCGAAGACGAAACUGAUGAUGAUGAUGAUAAUGAUGAUGACUACCGAACACCAUGUAGUACUCCUGCUGAACUAUCCGAAGCAGACGAAGAAGAGGAUGUGGCUAGCGAAAAUGCAAAGGAAUCUCGAAGAUGCGAUGAGAAUAAUCCAACUGAUUUAGAAGGAAAUGUUGAGUCGACGACAUCAGCACCAAUGGAAAAUAAUUAUGCAUCAUAUAUGAUAAAUGUAGAAAAUAUACGUGUAUUAGUUGGCAGUUUGGAUACAUUCGAGAAAUUGGGAUUAUGGAAUCGUUUCAGUGCUUAUGAAAAUCUAGUAGAAUCUAAAGAUAAGAAGCAUAAGUUCUUACUUCAUGAUGCAUCUUUCUCUUCUGAUGGUCAUUCAGUUCUACGUAUGAGCAAGUCGGCGCUGGUGUCUCGUUUGUGCUUAAUUAAUCCAUUCAAUUUGAGUUUAUUAAUUAAUCGUCGAAUGUAUCCAUUGCAGGAUACUUCACCAAUCGAUAAUAAAGCGUCCACCUGUCCUCCUUAUCUAAAGUUAAGUUUAAAACAAGAGUCGUGUGUUAUCCAAUUGUCGAACACAAAAAUAUAUGAUUUCUUCUCAUGUUUAAUAGCUUGCCGAAGAUAUUGGAAUGACAUUCAACCAAUAAAGUUAAAACAUGUUAGCAAGAGUUUCAAUCGUUCACGUACACACUCUUUAUCAUAUUCCCACUCAUUGAUAUCAAAUAAAAGUACGCCAUCUAUGAAGUAUUCUUUCAAGGAGGAUAGACUUCAUCACAAUAGCUUAUCCAUAUUCUAUCAUCCUCCUAGUUGUCGUAAAUCUGCAAAUGAACCUCUAUGUCAUCGUAAUAAAAAACUAACUGAAUUGUUGCCGGUACUACUGAAUACUGGACGAAAACGAAUCCUGGCAACUUAUUCUAUUCAAUCAUUUAUUAUUCAGUUUGAAUCACAAGAACGUCCUUUAGCUGAGUGCCGUUUAGGUGGAACAGUUUGCAACGUAUCAGUUUAUCAUGGUUCCCAAGUUGGAUUUCAUCUACAAUUUAGACUAGGUAGUAUUUCAGUUGUGGACGCUGUAAGCAAUCUCGGUGGUGUAUACGAUGUGAUACUGAGUUCAGAAAAACUUGAUAGGACUGAUUCAGCAGAUAAUCAAGAUGGUGGAGGUCAUUUUAAUUCUUUGAAGUCAUCGUCUUCAUCAUCAUCAUUGAAAGAGUGUUCAUCCUUUUUGUCAGAUGACGAAUUUAAGCCAUUUAUUUCCAGUGUUCAAGAGUGUGAUGAUUUUGUUGUCGCAUGCUUGACAUGGUUUCCAUCUAUCAAUUGUUUAGAUCGUUCAUUUUCUUCAAGAUCUCGUACAUUAUCAAAUCAGAAUAAUGAAUUACUUCAUCAUAUUGCGUCAAAAUCACUAGAAACUUAUUUCAUACAAUUACACCUACGAUGUUUAAAUAUUACUGGUAAUCCACGUACUAUAUUAGCUAUAAACAGAUUUGUAAACGAAGUUUAUUCUUCGGUGAUUAGCAAACAAUCAAAUCUUUGUGAAAACUUGAAUGCAAAAUCCACUCCAAAAUCAUCGAUUUAUCAUUAUGAAGAAAUGAAUAACCGUAAUGAUUCCGCUGGUAUGAACUAUCGUUUCACUUCUACAAUAGAUUACAGUUGGCAUAUAUCAAUGGAUAGUUUAAGGAUAUUGUUGCUCAAUCAAUCUGUUGACAAUUUAUCAUCAUCAUCAUCAGUAAAAGAAAUUGCUAAUGUUAUCUUCUCUGGUGUUUGUUUCGAAUUGGACUCUUCAGAUAUCUCAUACUCUGUAUCAUUGAAACUGCAUAGUUUUCAACUUCUACCUCUUUGUAAUUCCAAGAUACAAGUUGGUCAAUGUUUAUUAAGUUCAUUAUCCACUUCUUCUGAUAAUCUGUCUACUGAUUUACUUACUAUUCAAGUUAAUUGGCCUCUUUCUAAUAUAAUAAACAGUUAUCAUAAUACUAGCCAACAAAUUCAAAUUAUUCUAUCCAAUAUUGUUUAUAUUCAUUCAAUUCAAGAGAUAUUUGAUGUAUUCAUUUGGUUUAAAAGUAUAUUUUCAUAUUUUCAUUUAACUAAUGAUGAGAUGAAAUGUUCUUUCAAUGAUGAGGAUUUUUUAAUGAAUGAUUAUUUAAAAUCGAAUAAUAAUAAUAAUAAUAGUAGUAAAGAGUUAUUUCCUUACCUUGAAUUUCAUAUUCAAUUAAACAAUAUACUUAUCUUGAUUCCGUGUAUUUCUGAUCCAUUUAUUCACUUUAUACUAUUUGGUUUCAAUAUGAUAGAAAUUAAUCAUUGUUUACCUAUCUUUACACAAUUUAAUCCUUCUUUAUUUAUAUUCAAUAACUUUUCUUAUAAUAAGAAUAAUACUACUGGUGUACAAUUGCAUUUUUCACAUUUUGGUGUAUUUCAUUAUAUUAAUAAAUUUACUUCAAUUGAUCAAUCUUUAUCAAGUGAGAAAAAAUUACAGAUCAAUUUUUCAUCAUUACAAAAAUUUUGGUUUGAACAGAAUAUAUCCUAUAGUUUACCUAUAAGGUGUUCACAAUAUCAAACAAUUAUUGCACCAAUGAAUUUUUAUGUAUACAUCAACUAUGCUACAUCAAAUUUAUCAAGAAAUUUUAUUCCCAAUUGGCUUAAUUCAGUACGCUUCAAUUUUUCUGAUCUAUCUAUGGUACAUGAAGCAACUGUGAACAUUACAAAAAACGCUAAUUUUGAAAAUAUACAUAGUAAAAUAAAUUCAUCAUCAUCAUCAUCAUGUUCCAAUGUGAAUUUACUGUUAUUUACUGAGAUAGCAAAUACUCAGUUGACAAUAGAAUUGGACAUUGAAAGUGUAUACAUAAAUUUGACUAAAAUGAAUUGUAGUUUAUUAAUGGAUAUAUUUCAUGAUUUAUUCAAAGAAUAUAAUUCUCUGAAUGAUGAAGACAUGUCACAAUUAAAACAAACAUCUUCAUCACAGCCUUCUUUCAUUAAUGGAAAUUCGAUUCAUGUUGGUCAGAACGAUUCUAUAGAAUUUGGGAUACAUCUAAACUGUCCAAAGAUUCAUGUUGUAAUCCUUGCUGAUUUGGACAUCACUCCAAUUCCAUUGGCACUGCUUACUCUUGACUCUUUAGUAUUCUCAUCAAGUUUUCAUAUCCCAAAUGGUAUUACACUACCUUCAUGUCUACAAUUGAAUAUAAAUAGUAUAUAUUUGGACAAUCGACUUACAAAACCAGAGUAUGGGAAAAAUGUAGCAAAGAAUGUUGGCUCACUUCUUCAAACUAAAAAGCAAUUUCUACUUGCUUGUAAGGCAUCUUCAAGUAAAGUUGUUAAAGAAAGCAAUGAAAACUUGAAAAGACGUAGAAAAUCAGAUUUUUCUUCUCAAGGUGUAUACGACACGAUUUAUAGUACACAAUGUCAAAUGUAUUUUGGUGCACCAUCAAAUGUCAGAAAACGUAGUUUAUCAUCAUGUAUUGACUGUAGACCGAAUCAAGUUUCUCCGAUCUUCCUGCGUAUUAUACUCUUAUCCGACCAGCAUGGAUCAUUUUGUCAAGCGAAAUAUUUUAUUAAAUUCACCAUUGAUACUCUGGACUUUCAGUUAUUAUCCGAACCAUGGGUGUUACUUUUAGACUUUUUCAAUUUAUGUGAUUAUGAAGAGGAUAGUGUUACGCAACAAACUUGUAAGAAGUCAAAUCAAGAUCCGUUUCAUUCGUCCAACUCUAAUCCAUCUACUGUUUCAAACCUCGUCUUCAAUGAUGUUAUAAACAGUUCAAAGUUUGCCUUUCUACUGAAUAUUGAUUUUAUCAAUGGCUUCUUUUUCAAUUCCGAUGAAAAUACAGAAGAGUGUUCAAACAAUAGUAACUACAUUCAUAGAUCUCAAAUACUAACUAGUAUGAAUACGGAGACCGAUUUGGCUUUAAUAACUUUCACUGGAAUAAAGGCACAAAUUAAUGAUUUCGGUGUAGAUGAUUCAAGAAAUCAUGCAUUGAGUACAUUUGUCAACUAUCCUUGCUUUGAAGUUAAAGGUUAUAUAACUAACCUAAAAUUAAUCGCUUUACCAAAGAAAUAUGCUCAUCUGUAUCAAAUUUGUUUUAUAUCACCGUAUGAUAUAUCUUCAAGUAAAACUGUCAAUAAAGAUAAUAUUUCACAAUUAUCUUUCUUGACAUUUCAAUUCACUAAGAAGGCUAAACAUUUCUACGAAUCAUCUGUUGAUUCUGUUGAUGAAGAAGAUGCAUAUAUUUCUAUUCAUCUACCAAAUGCUUCAUAUAUACACACACAAUCCUUCUUGAUGAAUUUUAUUGAUGCCUUGCACAAUUUUGUGGAACAUUAUAACUUUUUGAGGAGAACACGAGGUUGUGUUAAAGGUUUUCAGAUUCCAACAGUUGUCUCAUCUUCUCGUAUACGUUUGAAUAUUUCUGGUGGUCCACUUAAUCUGGUCAUUCCAGUUAGCUAUGAAAGUUCUAAAGUUCUAGUUUUACAUGCCAGUCAAUUUAAUGUGUACAAUAAAUUUCUAUGGAGUAAUAAUGGUGAAAAUGUCAAUCAUUCAUCAGAUUCUUCGAAAUCAUCAUGUAGCUUAACAGCUGAUAAUCGAUAUUUUCUUUCACGUAUCAGCUCAUGUAGCAAAAGUAAUCGAACAGGACUUCUAGAAUGUUCUGGUCUCAAUUCAUGCGAACGAGUUGACUCUUUCAACGAUAUGAUAAACGAACCGAGCCUCGAUGGUGUUAUCCAUUUUCCUGAUUAUUCAUUUAUUCCUACUGAUCGAUUCACUUCUACAACACAAUGUAACAGUUCUUACUCACUUUUUGAUCCUAUCAAAUGUGUAAACUUAAUUUUGGAGCGUAAUUUAACCUCUGGAAAACCAUAUAUACUACCAGAUUGGAAAUUGACUGGAUGGUUCAGCAAUUGCCAAGUGUAUAUGAGUCCUAAUACAUAUCGUUCUAUUCGUGGUGUAUUGUCGCAUAACUUUGGUGAAUAUACAGUAUCUGGUACUGUAACAGCGAAUCAAUUUGCUGAAGAUAAUCGAUGGACAAAGUUCGCUAUUGACAUUUAUUUAAAAUCAAUUCAAAUUAUCCUACUGAAUUCUUCAGCAUCAUCUGUGACCAAUCAAAACAAUAGAUGUGGUUCGAACCAAUUCGGUGUAAUUGACUUUUGUGAUGCUCUUCUAUCUUUUGAAUACUUUUCUAACCAGAGUACAACAAUUCAACUUCAAUGUUUUGAUUUAAAUUUACUGGAAUCACAGGGUGAUACAGAUAAAGAAAAUACGCAUUACAUUUUGCAAGGUGUAAAAACUGGAUCAUCUACAGAGGCUAUGAAAGAAGAGAAGACGAGCAAGGAGUCAGAAAGAAUAUCAAAACUUAUCAUUUGCUCAAAUUACUCUUUAUAUCAUUCAGCUUUUAUAUUCUCUUCUACUGAACUACAUUUAUUACUGAAUUGGGAAUGGUUAAUGCGAUUGAAUUCAUUCAUUAUAUUACCGCCUUUAUCGUCAGGUAUUAUCAAUAUGCCUUGUAUAUCCACAUCAGAAAGACCUACUUUAUCAUCUGUUGAUUAUAAUUCUGGAGAGUUUUAUUCUACACGAUCUGUUUCCAAAUCUCAAAUAUGUUUUAAUGGAUCUAAUGAUUAUAAUAAUCGUGUUCAUAAAUCCAAAUUUGGUUUAUCUUCUACGGAUAUACAACAUACAUAUUUACAUAUAUGCAUAGAAGAUAGUGAAGUUUGCAUACCUCAUGGAAAUAUGAGUUUAUUACUUAAAUUAAGUACCUGUUUUUCGCGUCAAACCUCUAUACAUUCACUAAUUGGUAUAUUGAGUGAUAUAAUUCAAGCUGAUAUACAUUAUCUUCGUUUAUAUCAUGAUUACCAUUCAAUAUUCAUUAUUUCAAGCCCAUUAAAAUUUUCUUCAAAUCUAUAUCAUUCACCAAUUGAUGAAUUAUCACCAUCAUCUUCACAAUUAUCAUCUAUAUUUAAUAAUAACAAGAAAACAGUAUUUGAUUUAAUGAAAUUAUCCCUGUUACAUAAUAAUCUCAAUUUUACUUAUCCUGUUAAACAAAGAAACUUUUUACAUCAUACGCGAUCGCACUUACAGCUAGAAAUGUUCUUAAUCGCUCCUGCUGUUCACAUUACAUCGAAAUAUUCUGAUAUUCAAUUGAUAAAAGAUGUUAUUGAUCAUAAUUGUGACAAUUGGCAGACUGUUCAUGAUACAACCUUAGAUCCACAAGCACCAAAAACGUAUGCAACUGAAAAAUCAGUGUUAUCAACGUUUUGGCCAAAAGUUUUUGCCAAUUACAUCUCAAAACAAUUAAUGAGUUUUGAUCUCAAUGUAGAAUCAUGCUUAUACCUCUUCGCUACACCUUCAUCAACUCAGUUAUCAGUAUCUAGUGAAGAGAUCCCAUUAAUAAAACUAUGCGUUGAAGGCGUUAAAGUGUUUUGGAGACAAUCUGAUUUACAAGCGAAUUUACAUUGUAGUGGAAUAUCAUGCUUCUAUUACAAUCAAUAUCUAGUUGCAUGGGAGCCUGUCUUAGAACCAUUAAGCUGUUCUUUAAAUUGGGCUGAAAAAUUGGAACAAGAUUUCAGUAGAACAAUAUCACUGCAUUGCACUUCUCAACAAUGUUUAAAGUUAAAUCUGACAGUUCCAUUCAUCCAACUAUUUCGUCGUAUAUUGAAUCCUGUUGAACAGAAACGACAAUCUCAUCCUCAUAAUGAAAUGGUAGCAUGCCAACAAGUUCUUCCUUGA